AUGCUCAAUAGCACAAGAAUUAACGUGAACAAAUGUUUGAGCACAUCAAUUGAAUCUUCACUAACAGUAAAUGAAGUUUCAAUUUCUAUUCCUGAUAAUACAGAAGAAAAGUCAAAAAAAUAUUCUACAUUUUCAUGUGUAGGCAAUAUGAAUAGAGAAUCAGAAUGGUCAAAACGUGUGUGUCGAUUUCAUAAUAUUUGUUAUGAUAAACGUCUUAAACAAUUUCAGUAUUAUAAACGUCCCUAUUCAGCAGCUCGACCGAUACUAUUUGAAGCCAAGAAAGGUUUGAUCUAUGAUUUUAAUUCAUCUGGUAAUGGAUUUGUUGGCAUUCUAUGUAGAAUGGAUAGCGUGUACAAAGGUUGGCAUCCUGUAAUUGUUAACGAAAAUUUACCAAACGAUAAAAGAAUGAAGUAUCUAACAAAUGUACAUGUUAUAUGGAGGUAA